AUGUAUCAACAGCCGGGAACGAAGAACGCCUUGGAGUUCUUACCACCCGGCGGUGCUGAAUUUACAUGGAUGCAUGAGCUCACGCGCAAUAUGCAUUUAGCGACGGCAACGAGCUGGAACCCGUUCGGACGACUAGCCAUGGACAAUGUUGCCGCUGUUACGCAUCUUUCGGAGAACGGGCUCGCCUUUCCGGGCCUUCUCUGGAGGAGAGGAAGCUUUGUGGACUUGAGUCUGCUCAAGACAAAGUAUGCCGAAUCUUGGCAGCGACUUCAUGCGGCCAAAGGUCCUUUACGUUCAUCCCCGAAUACCAUCAGACUUGCUACUACGCACCUCCUGUUUGAAAUCAUCCAGGCUUUGAUUUCACAGGGCGAGGAUCAAGUAGCCAAUUCAAUCCUCAACUCAACUUCCCACUGGAAGUGGAACAGGCACGAAAGUUCGGCGGACGAUGGCAUGAUAGAGACGGUCGACCAGCUGCCGCAUGGACUCGCACUCGAGAAUCGAGGAGGAAUGUUCUCUCUUGAUCCGAACCCUGACGGGGGGUACUAUCAGGACUGGAUCAUUGACAGAGUCAUGAAUGAAGGCGGUUUGUGGGUAUGGACCCUCGAGGGCGAAAUAAAAAAACGCGAAGCGGAGCUUGAGAGCUACUCGGCAAAAAAGAAGGGAGAAGUGGUCGCUGAUGGGCACAUACCCAACAUAGAGGACCCGGACCCGAUGGACGACAUCCAAGAAUCUUCCGAAAGGCAGGUAACUGAUCCUGCGCGAUCAAAACCCAAAGCUGAGCCGACCGAUGUCUCGGGUAGACACAAAAACUCCAGCCAUAGCGAGAUGAUGGGGGUAGCUUUCAUAAUGACGGCCACGGCCGAGGCGAUGACCGUUCUGCCAGAUGAUGACAUACCAAAACUUCCCGAAGGCUGGAACGUCCAAUCCCGCCUGAUAUUUGCUCCUGCUUCGUUGACUGCGUGGGCUAUGCAUGGAUACAAAGGCGAGGGAGUUAGGAAAGAACAAACCAACUGGCGUGCCGUAUUUGACACAGAGAAUAAUCUUGACGAGAAGAGCAAGGUUCUGACGCCGUUUCAAAUGGUCCUGGAGUCCAUACCGAGGCCGGAGAUGCGUAGCAUGAGCGUCUCGUGGGUUGUGGAGGACUGCGACAAGCCGGAUAAUCAAGUCGACGACGACGAGAAGUUCAUAUCGGGACGACAGAGACUGACGGUGAAGAGUAUGGUCAGGGGGAUGUGGAGGUUCACGCUGUCUCACACGGGGAGCCACUCACUCAUCUUCACCAUGGAUCACAUCGAAACCGACAGCGCCACCUCGCCGGCGUCCGCGGCUAACCUACACUCACUCACGUUAGAACUCGCCAAAACCGACGCCGUCAUGUCACUCACUCACGACCUGCAAUCCCUCACCAUGGACCCCGCCGCCGAAAGUGACAUCGCCGCCUCACUGACCAGCUACCCAGCAUCAAGCGCCUCCCGUCCUUCUUCGGCCUCGUCCGCCCCGUCGCUGUCGACAAGCCCGGACGACCAAUCGAAAACGGUGCUUCCCGGCGCCCCCGUCUCUCAUCUCUUCGAGGUCCGAGAUACCCCGACGGCCGGCCGGGCCGUCUUUGCCACGCGGGACAUCCCCGCCGGCACCCUGCUCUGGCGCGCCGAUGACCUUACCGUCUCGGUCCUCCUGCGCGAGUACAGGCGCGAGGUCUGCGGACAGUGCUUCGCGUACGACUACGGCAGGGACAUGAGCAUACGGGACCCCGUGGGGUUCGCCUUUUGCUCGAGAGAAUGCCAGGCGAAGUGGAAGCAGGAAACCGGCGACGUGGGUGUUCAGGCGUGGACCGAGGUUGAGAAGCUCGUGAAGAAGAGGAGCAAGGAGGACAACGACAUGGUCGAGCUCGACCUGCCACGCCCCACGGAGGAAGAAAUCGCACGGGCGUGGGAGGAGACCGAGGCGCAGGCGGAGUUGAUCCGGACCGCGAGGAUGGCCGAGCUCAACGGCGGACCGAUCACGAAACAACACCGCAGAGCCAUCCUGAAGGCGCUCCAGCAGCCGAUCCAGCCGGACGUCAUGGGCUUCUGCGUCGGCGGUCUCGUCGCGCGGUACAACAGCCUGCGGAGGUGGGAGAACCUGCUCUCUCUGGCGGUGGACUCCACCCCGUAUAGCAACGCCGACAACCUGCGCGCCUUCACGAGGAGUUACCUGCACAUGCUCGCGGUGCUCCCGCUGCCUCUACUCUCUCUCCUCACACCGGAAACGCUGCAGCUGCUCUCAUCGCGCGACAGCCACAACUCGUUUGGCAUUCGGUCGUUAGAGGACGAGGGGUCCGAGUUUUUCGGGUACGGGUGCUGGCCCGGGGCUAGCUUUUUCAACCACUCAUGCGCGCCGAAUGUUGAGAAGAGGAGGGAGGGGAGAGUUUGGGAGUUCAGGGCUGCUGGGGAUAUGCGGUCGGGGGAUGAGAUUAAUAUCACGUACUUGGGCGGGGAGGAGAAAGAUAUGUCGAGGGAGAAGAGGAUGGCGACGUUGAGGAGGAAUUGGGGGUUUGAUUGUGGGUGCAAGAGGUGUCAGGAGCUGUAA